GUCACUCAUGGCCCACAGCAGAGUGGGAGAUAAGCAAAGGCUCAGAGAGCCUGGUCCUCUGGGCUCCCCGAACAACCCAGGCGAUCCGUGAGGGUUGGCACUGUGAGGUGAGGCUCUAGCUACCAAGAACAAUGAACAUCCAGACCCUGCCGCCUAAGUGAAAACCAGGGGUCUGCAGCUCUCCCAGUUCCUCCACCUUGUCAAGGCUGCAUCGGGAUGUCAGGAGCACUUAAGGAGGGUUUGGAAGCCCAGGUACCACUAGUGUCAAGCAAGGCCUGUUUAACCACCAUGGACAAAAAGCUUAAUGUGCUAAAUGAGAAGGUUGACAAACUCUUGCAUUUCCAAGAAGACGUCACAGAGAAACUGCAGUCUGUGUACCAAGGCAUGGGCCACCUGGAGCAAGGCCUGCACCGGCUGGAGGCCUCCCGGGUCCUGGGCCUGGCUGGGGCUAAUCAUACUCCACCAGCUGCCACACAGGCUGGGUGGCUGGAGGUCCUGGAGCUGGUGAGGGCUGUGCGGCAGGAUGCUGCCCAGCAUGGUGCCAGACUCGAAGCCCUUUCCAGGAUGGUGGUGGCUGUGGACAAGGCCAUAGCUUUGGUGGGGGCCGUGUUCCAGAACUCAAAGGUAGUGGAUUUCAUCAUGCAAGGGAUUGUUCCCUGGAGAAAAGGAAACCUGGCUGACAGCACUGUGGAGAACAAAGAGCGAGCCGAGGAGAAUGGAGCAAAACCAAAGCACACCCUGAGCACCAGAGCGGCGCAAGCUGGGGUCAAGGGGCUGCGGGCAGAAAACCAGAAGGUGGACCUGCCAGAGGGGACAGUGGAGAGGCUGCCCCACAUCGAUGCUUCAGGGAUAGGAUCUGACCUGCUCACUCAGGCAGAGGCCUUAGCAGGACAGGGAGACAGAGGUCCCCUCCCAACCCAGGUGCCCCCUGGCCACCUGCUGCUGCCCACAGAGGCAGAAGCCAAAGUUCCUAGGACAUCCAGUGAAAACCCUGGAACUGGCCGGGAAUUGUCUGCAGCACCCAGCAGGGUCAGUGAGGCCUCCAGCAGCCAGGAGGCUGCGCCAGGUAUGGGACAGGGAGCAUCAUCCAGCAGACAUGACGCUCAGCCCUUGGAGGAGGAGUGCAUGAGGCUGACUCCAGGGCCACCAGCCCAGACCAAGGCAGCUCACAGUGGUGGAGAAACACCUCCAAGGAUCUCUAUCCAUGUGCAAGAGACGGAUACCCCUGGGGAGCUACUUGUGACACGAAGGGGCAGCCUCAGACACACACCUGCUGUGGAGGCUCCAGCAGCUGCCCAUCCAGGUGAGCAGGAACCACCUGAGUCUCAGGCCCCUGGGACUGAGUCAGGAAAAGAGACCCCGAAAGGAGCCAGUGAGUUUUCCCCCCUGUGGAAGUGGAGCAGUGAUGGGGGAGCAAAGGCCGAGAAAAAGCAGGAGCCUGGCACCAAGCCUACCAUGGGACCGAGUGGGGCCAGGUGGGCCAAGGGAGACAAUGCUGGGGCUCCAGGCCUGCAGCAGGACAAAGGCCCAGGAGCAGGAAUCCCUGAGGUGGGGAAGGACUGCACAGCUGGAGACAUGGGCAGAGUGGAAGCAGGAAGGAAGAUGCCCCUGAGAGCUGAGGCUGGUCGCCUGGUUCUGGAUGACAGUCCAGCCCCACCAGCCCCUUUUGAGCACCGGGUGGUGAGUGUCAAGGAGACCUCGACCUCAGCGGGUUACACAGUGUGCCAGCAUGAAGUACUGGGAGGGGGCCGGUUUGGCCAGGUCCAUAGGUGCACAGAAAGGUCAACAGGCCUCUUGCUGGCAGCCAAGAUUAUCAAAGUGAAGAAUGCCAAGGACCGGGAGGAUGUGAAGAACGAGAUCAAUAUCAUGAACCAGCUCAGCCAUGUGAAUCUGAUCCAGCUCUAUGAUGCCUUCGAGAGCAAGAACAGCUUUACCCUUGUCAUGGAGUAUGUGGAUGGGGGUGAACUCUUUGACCGGAUCACAGAUGAGAAGUACCACCUAACGGAACUGGAUGUAGUCUUGUUCACCAAGCAGAUCUGCGAGGGUGUGCAUUACCUCCAUCAGCAUUACAUCCUGCACCUGGAUCUCAAGCCAGAGAACAUACUGUGUGUCAAUCAGACAGGACACCAAGUUAAGAUUAUUGACUUCGGGCUGGCCAGAAGGUAUAAGCCCCGGGAGAAGCUGAAGGUGAACUUUGGCACUCCUGAGUUCCUGGCCCCGGAAGUUGUCAACUAUGAGUUUGUCUCCUUCCCCACGGACAUGUGGAGUGUGGGAGUCAUCAUCUACAUGCUACUCAGUGGUCUGUCCCCAUUUCUAGGGGAAACAGAUGCAGAGACCAUGAAUUUCAUUGUGAACUGCACUUGGGAUUUCGAUACUGACACCUUUGAAGGGCUGUCGGAGGAGGCCAAGGACUUUGUUUCCCAGUUGCUGGUCAAGGAGAAGAGCUGCAGAAUGAGUGCCACACAGUGCCUAAAACAUGAGUGGUUGAGUAAUUUGCCUGCCAAAGCUUCAAAAUGUGAAGUUCGUCUCAAGUCCCAACUAUUGCUGCAGAAAUACUUGGCUCAGAGAAAAUGGAAGAAACAUUUCUACGUGGUAACUGCUGCCAACAGGUUAAGAAAAUUUCCAACUUGUCCCUAAUCCUCAACUCUGCUGCUCGCAUGUGCCCAGAAAUUACUGAGACCAGGGCAGGGGGGAGUCGAGGGGGGAGUGAAGACUCAAGAUUUUUAAUAAUCUGGACUUUAACUAAUUAUGGUUCCACUUAUUUUAUUUAAAAAGAUUAUGGCUGUUGCCUUCUUUGUGGAUGAAAAAGUGGCUGUAAGGAAAGUGACUAAGAACUUAUUUUCUGCCUUAUAAAUCACUAAGUUAAAAUGUUGUGUUUACUGUUCAAGUAUACCUACUUUUGGUGAUAAGUGUAGGCAUGCUUUAGAUAGGUAGGAAAGUUCUACUUUGCAUAUGCCAAAUUUAAAUUCUAAACUUACUCUGAUUAAAGAACUCAGUAGACAGUUACACAGAGGCAUGUUAUUUAGUAUCACCUCCUCUAGUACAAAGAAUUCCUAGAAUUCUGAUUUGCUCAUGGGUGAGAUAUUUUAUUGGAUUAUCCCACUCUAAUGUAAAGCAGCAUGGAUUUAGCACAGAGAUCUUCAAACUUUUUAAAUUUGUGCUCCCUUUUGAUAAUCAAAAUGUGUAUCCUCUAGAAUUCUUUGAAGUUUAAAAAUAUACAACUGUCACAGCUAAAUCGAGUAAUGAUCAUUUUGAAUGUGCUUUUUAAAUCUAUAUACAUCUCCAUCCUCUCCUAAUUCUGUCCUGACAUUGGUAGGCUCCCUCCUCAUCUCCCUUCCAAAGAUACAGUUAUGCAAUAUAUGGGUAAUAAGAAUGGAAUGAUAUUCAGCUUCCUGAAAUACAAAAUGAUAAAUCAUGAGACAAUAAAACUGCUCUCCUACUGCUUCAUUAAGGAUAUACUACUUUCAGUGUUGUCACUUAACAUAAAAUAAUUAAGGAGUACUUCAUUAUUUAAGUAUAAACAAUCAUUUUAAUUCCCUUGCUUCUACCCGAUUUUUGUACUAUUCCCAUGACUUUCUCAGGUCAGCAGCAGUUACUUUCAAUUUUUAAUUAGCCAUGCAAGUUUCACAGCCUUUCAGGAAUUUUGUCCAGAUAAACUUUUUUGGGGGCAGAGGACAUGGGUUUGGGGAGGCAGGCAAGAAGGUGGAGAAGUUAAUCCUGCCACUGCAGUUCUCUAGUUGUAAUUUGCCUCUGGAAAGCUGACCCUUGUGAGGAACUAAGGUUUUCAGUACUGGACGUGAUGCUCCAAGCUGGCCAGCUAAUGCAUCAAAAGAAAUGACUGCUGGAAACCUCCCUUUUAUCAGAGUAACAGUGAUUUGGUAAAUGCUUUAUUUUUAAGCAUCAGUUACCUCUGAAAAAGGCUUUUAGAAGGCAGUCUCCAGAAGGAGCUAGAGAGGUUAUCUUAUAGUCUCAUCUAGUAUGGUGAUUCUCAACCUCUUUGGGAUUUCAGAUUCUUGGGGAAUGCUAUGAGUCUUCUCCCCAGAAAAUGUAGUUAGUUAUCCUGAUGUAGAGCAGCACUGUCUGACAAAUAUGAGCCAUAUACAUAAUUUAAAAAUUUCUAAUAGCUCCUCUAAAAAAAAGCUGGUGAAAUUUUGAUAUAUUUAACAUAAAUCAAAAACAUUAUUUCAAUAUGUAAUCAACAUGAAAAUUAUUGAGAUAUUUUAAUUCUUUGUUUCUAAGUAUCAAAAGUCUGGUGUGUGUUUUAUACUUAGCAUACAUUUCAAUGUAGAUGCUGGGUUUUUAUCAGACGUACUUAAUUUGUAUCUAGAUUUCAUAAAAUUUACUGUGGAAAAAUACAGUCACAUACUAAAGAUGUCUGAAACAUCUUAAAUGUUUUCUAAUAAGUAUCCAUUUUUACGUUUAAUUUAAAUCAAACAUUAGAAAUUAAGUUCUGCAGUUGCAUCAGCCACAGUUUGGGUUGUUAACAGUCACAUGUGGUUAGUUGGCUUAGUGGAGAGGGCUGGUGUAAAACUCUUUAUCAAAUUUUAUAUAUAUAUUUUCCUAUAUAUGUUGUUAUUCUCUACCUAAAGUCUUCUAGAGGGCUUUGCUUAGGUCAGGCCCACUCAAGCUAGAGGUGAUGUGAAUUUCAGCCUUCCUUGUUUGAAAUUCAAGGGAAUUUUUAUGAAGCUUUACUUUUCUGGAUAUUUUCAGGUCUCUACUUUGCUGGUGUGUACUUAGCUCAAAAUUUUUUAGAUUGCAACUGUGCCAGUAUCAACUAUUUCUAAUGGCAUAUUUCCAUUUGAAAGAACAGUCACUGCAAACAGCUAGGCAGAAAAACACCGAAAGGUAAUCAGGACCCACUUUUUUCACCUUCUCAGAUUGGUGAGGGUACGGAGAAAAUGGAAUUCUUCUAAUUUAGAUGGACAGGCAUCCAAAUAAAAGUCAAGAUCACGCUUCACUCAGCAAUUCUAUUCUUAAAAUUUACUCCUCAGCAAUACUUGAACAAGGAUAGAACUUUAUGUAAAAUGAUGCUUACUAUAUAGCACUGUUGCUAAUGGCCCAAUGAAAACAACUUACAUAUGCCUAUCAGCAUGUUUAAAAAAACUUUGCCAUAGUCACAUAGGUGAAUAUCUUGCAGCUGUUAAAGACAGAUCUAGAUGCACUGACAGCCAUCUUUUCAUUACCAAAAAAAAUUAUAGAACAUAUAUAUGGCAUUAUCUUACCUGUAGAAGACAUAUGUGCAUUAAAAUUUUCUAGGAUAUGCAAGAAACUUAGCAGGGUGUGGAAAGUGGAUGAAGGGAAGGGGGAAUUACACUUUUCACUUUAUAACUUCUGAAUCUUUUUUUUUUUUUACAAUGAGUAUGCAUUGCUUUUGUAAUUAAAAUUAGCAACCCAUUAUUGAGUGUGGACCCGUGUUUUGACCCUGAUUCUAGCAAAAAAACAAAAAAAUAGUUUAGAGACUUCCAGGGAAAUAUUUUAAGCUGCAUAUUUAAUGAUAGAAUUUUUAUUAAUUUUGUUAAGUAUAAUAAUGGCAUUGUCCUUAUAAUGUAGGUUAAACAAGUGUGGCAAAAUCUUGUUAACUGUUGGGUCUGGGUGAUUGGCAUAGGAUCUCAUGAUAUUUUAUCUUCUUUACUGAUGUUUGUAUUUGAAAAUUUUCAUGAUAAAAGUUUUUAAAAUCAGUUAAAUAAACCAUGAGGCGCUGUUAAAGAACUCAGCUUCCAAAAAGUAUUUACAACAGUAUUGAGACAGACAGACUCACUAAGUAGUAAGCUUCCACCACUGGGAAUGUGAAUGUGUUGAAAAAUUGUAGAAAGAAUUCCUGCUGUAGGACAAGAUUCCUGUAAGGCAAUUCCUUCAAACCCCUCAACUAAUAUAAGAAAUAACAAAAUACCUACUAUGUUCCAGAUAAUCAAAAUAAUUACCAUCACUUGCUUUUAAGGCAUAAGGAGGGAAAAAGGCCAUAAACAGUAUUUAUAUUUACUUACAUGGAAUCAACAGUGAAAAGGCAACCUAAAAAAUGGUAGAAAAUAUUUGUAAAUCAUGUAUCUGAGAAAAGGUUAAUAUCUGAAAAGGUUAAUAUCUAGACAACAUAAAGAACUUCUACAACUCAACAAAAAGCAACCCAAUUCAAAAAUGGGCAAGACUUGAAUAAGCAUUCUUCCACACACAAUAUACAAAUACCUGACAACACAUGAAAAAGUGCUUAAUCAUUAAGCAUUAGAAACUGAAAAUUAAAACCAUCAGCUACCACCUCACAUCCAUUAGGAUGACUACUACUAAAAAAACAAAGUAGUCAGUUUCAGAAAAAAAGUGUUGGCAAGGAUGUAGGGAAGUUGGGAUGCUUGUACACUGUUUGGUGGGCAUGUAAAAUGGUACAGCUGCUGUGGAAAACAGUAUGGAGGUUCCUAAAAAAUUUAAAAUAGAAUUCACACACAAUCCAGCAUUCUGGGUAUAUAUCCAAAAGAAUUGAAAGCAGGGUAUUUGUACACCCAUGUUCAUAGCAGCAUUAUUUAUAAUAGCCAAAAAGUGGAGGCAGUGCAAGUAUCUAUCCACUGACAGAUAAACAAGAUGUGGUUUAUCUGUGUUAUGGAAUACUAUUCGGCCUUAAAAAGGAAAUCCUGACACAUGCUACAUGAAUGCACCUCAACGAUAUUAUGCUAGGUGAAAUAAGCCAGUCACAGAAAGACCAAUUCUGUAUGAUUCCACAUUUAUGAUGUACCCAGAGUGGUUAUUCAGAGAUGGCAGCAGAAUGGAGGGAAGAAUGGGGAAUUGUUUAAUGGGUAGAGUCAGCUAUGUAAGAUGAAGAGUUCUGGAGAUUGGUUGCAGAAAAAUGUACAUAUACUUAAUACUACUUGUUAAGAUGGUAAAUUUUGUUAUGUAUAUUUUACAAUAAAAAAAAAGUGAAUGUGCUUAAUUUUACCAGGUGAUAAGUAAAUUGCUUUUGACCAAAGCCAGAAAUCUAGAUCUUGGCACCAAAUAAAAACAAAUUAUAUGACUUCUUAAA